AUGAUGGGCAGCGGGAUGGGCGCGUACGGCGGCGCGGUGCGACCGGUGGAGAGCGCGGCGGGGAAGACGAUGCUGCUGUGGGGCCUGGGGCAGCCCGAGGCGCACCGCAACAACGCGCUGGUCCGCCAGGCGGCGCACGCCUUCGAGCUCGACGCCUGCGGGCGGCGCCUGUCCCUGCUGCAGUCCCCCUCCUCCAUGACCACCCCGGGGGUCACGAGGGCGGUCGUCUGGGACAGCGGCGUAGUGCUCGCCAAGUUCCUCGAGCACGCCGUCGACUCCCAGCGGCUGCUCCUCCGGGGCACGCGCGCGGUGGACCUCGGGUCCGGGUGCGGCCUGGUGGGGUGCGCCGCCGCCCUGCUGGGCGCCCAUGUGGUCCUCACCGACCUCCCUGACCGGCUUAAGCUGCUCAGGAAGAAUGUCGCCCUCAAUGUCGACGACCCCCACGUCCCGGGCUCCGCUCGAGUCACGGAGCUUGUGUGGGGCGACGAUCCUCACCAUGAAUUGCUCAAGGACCCACUGCCCGAUUUCGUGCUCGGCUCUGAUGUCAUAUACAAUGAGGAAGCGGUGGACGAUCUCCUGGCCACUCUCAACCAGCUCUCAGGAAAACACACCACGAUACUUCUAGCUGGAGAGCUUCGCAACUUUCCUGUACUUCUCCCCCAAGUCUGGCCGGCCGCUGCCUCGCCGGCUAACACUGGUAUCGGAGCCGUCGAUCCCCGGCCACCGCGCGUGCUGGAGGACCUCCCACCCGCCCAUCCCCACUUCACCCGCCUUCAACGCACCCGCGGUGCCAUGGAUCCCGUGGUCCGCCAGAUGUUCGACGAUUUGAUUCACUGCUUCGACGCUUUUCGCUCCGAGUUCGAUGGUCUCGGUGCCCGCUUGGAUCGGCGCUUCACCGAGACGGAGGCCGUCCGUUCCGAGCACGACUCCACCGUCGACAGCCACCUCGACUCCUUGGAGCAGUUCGCCUCCGCCCAGUACACCGCCACCAUCGUUGCUGACAACUGGGGUGGCCACUUCUCCGAGCGCAUCAGCGAGCUGGAGGAGCGCGUCCACGAUCUGGAGAUGGUGCGCUACGUCGAGAUCCAGGACGAGCGCGACGAGCGGGUCACCGCCCUCGAGUCCGCAGCGGAGGCGUUCGAAGCCUGGCGUCCCCGGAUCGAGAGCUCCCUCUUCACCGUUCGCUCGGAGCAGCCUCCCAUCCAUGAGCACACCAUAUCAGCAGCUGGGGAGAUGAGCAGGGGAGGAGCUACCGGCAUGGGAGGGGAGAGGAGCAUGGGAGGGAAGGGAGCUCACCUUGGGGACUUGGGGUGGCCGGCGGGGAGGGGUUCCAGUCGAGGACGAGCAGGACGGCGGCGGCGAGUCGACGACGAGCAGGACCGGUGGCACGCGAGUCGGGACGAGCAGGGGAGGAGCAGGACCGGCGGGGAGGAGGUCGUCCGGCGGGAUGGACCUCGCCCGGCGAGGAGGACCGGCGGCGGGGACGACCAAAUCUUACGCGGGGACGAGCGAAUGGCGCCGCACUCCCUUCUAAUCCUCCCGCUCCUGGGUCUCGUGGCCGCGCGCAGGCCUGGCCGCGCGGGAAUUCCUCCCGCGCUCCGAUUUGGCGCGCCAAAAUUGGCCUCCCUCGAGCUCGCGCUCAUCUCGCGCGCCUACACGCCGCCUAGCGCCGCGAUGCGCGACUAUGCCCCUAGUCGCGGCGACGGGCUUCGCCCAGCGACUAGGCGCACGUAG